GUGAGGAGGUGGCUUGUGAGCACGAUCCAUAUCACCCCUGUCAAGCUGCCUGGGAAGGAAAGAGGGGAAGGUGGCUUUUUGUUUGUGAUGGUAUUGAGCCAGCUACUGCUGGAAGAUGAAAGACCCCAUUGCUCGUAAACUUAAAUCUCUUAGGAAGACCAUCUUCCUGGCCAAAAAGGGGAGAGUAUGUAGCUGCCCGUAUGUAUGCUAACAUAGAGCUUUAGCUUGGCUUCUUACCCAUCGAAGACUGUUUGAAUGGUGUUGACUUCAGACCUGUUCUUGCCAGACCGAGCCUCCAGUCACUAUCCUGUCUAUCAGAAGGAGCAUCUCUACAACACCAACACCAACUGGGAUUUUGGCGCAUUCCGAAGACUGGACCACCUCAUUCAAGAGACCCAACUCAACCUCUCCAGGUUCGCGCACGUUUUCUUAGAACCUGGGACGUAUGUCUUCCGCGACAAUGCCAUUAAAGAACGGAUGUUAAUUGUGGUGGUGAACGAGGAGAACACUGGUUGUGAUCCCCUCGCAGCUUCCUUCCAGCCUUCCUCUCCCUACCAGCUGGCUCGGCACAGGGUCCGGAAGCGCCAAGUCCAAAAUGUAGCCCCAGAUUGGGCAGCGAUUUCAGCUGUUCUUUUCAUCCUUGGUUUCCUGACAGUGGUGCUGACAGGCCUAGUUGUGCUCCUGAGGCAUCCCAGCUCUACUCCGAAUCCCAUGAAGAGCUGGAAGCCACGGUGGAGAAGCUUGGGAGAGCCACACAUCCCACCCGAAUACGUACUCAUUAAAGAAAGCCUCCAGUUCUAUGAAAUUAUUGGUCCCCGAGGUUCUGGAGAAGAACCUGAUGGUAGAGAAGAUUUUCCUGAAAUCGGAGACCGCUGCCCCGUAGGAGACCUGGAAGGUUUCAGCGUCCGCACUUUAUAUGACAAACUGGAGGAUCAGAACCUGCAUCUGGCAUCACAGCUGGCGAAACACCGGGCAGACAUUCUGGUGUUUUACCAAGGGAUCAGCCAGAAGAUCCAGAGCCUUUUGGAUAUGGUACAGACACUUGACCUAGAUGAAUUGAAAGGCUCCCAGGGGGCUGAGAUGUCCAGAAUGAGAACUCAGGUCACUUCCAGUCCUGCCAAGGAGUCUCCACCAAGUGAAAAUUCUACUGCAAAGCUCUCUGGGGUCUUGCAAGCGAUGGGCUACUCAGGUUGUGAGUGGCAGGAGGCCACGGACCUCAUGAAAGCCCUGGGGAUGGUGCUACAAAAAAUCUAUUAUGGGAAAGUGACCGCAAAACAAGAAAGGGGGCAGGGACCCAGUGGGGCUGGUGGGUCCAGCCCGGCUGUGCGUGAGCACACAGGAAUUCAGCCUGGCUGGCACCAGCCGCUUGUGGCGUCCGAUGGGAAAAGAGCUUGGUGUGAAGACACAGGGUUGGAUCUGCAGGCUCACAACAGCACCAUGAUGGCCUGCAUAAGUGAGCUACAAGUGGAGGCGCUGAUGGCUACAUCUCCCCUUGCCAGGACCCUGCAGGAGAUUAAGCGGUUUUUGGAAGCCUCGCAGCAGCCCCUUUGCUCUCCUCCUCCUCCUCCUCUUCCAGGUCCCAAGGGAGAAGAUGGUUCUUUUCAUCCAGGCCCCCGCAUUGACACUGUGGUCCCCACCAACCUGGCCGGCUUGUCCCCUCGUCACUUUGUGGUGUACCGUUUCGGCUGCGCGGUGGUCCGCCUGCUGGGAAAAGUCUUCUCUUUCCCAGCAGUGGUACUCCUGCUGGCUCAAGAGAUCCCCAAACCAGGCUCUGUGGAAGUUCAAGACACCCUUCCGUUUGCCAGGGAUUCCUACUAUGAUGCUAGCAAUAGGUUCCUGUACGUCUUGUCCUCACAUCUGGAGAACGCUGGGGGAUUUGCAGCAGUCGUGUUGAACGCCCUGGCGCACCUCAAAGCAGGUAUUCUGGGGAUAUCUAAACAGUGCUCUUUAUCCUGUUGAAUCGUGUCUAACUCCACUGUAGGUCUUU